AAACACACACAAUACAUUCUAUUGACUUUUACGAGUCACAGUCACUAUAAGUUUUUGUGUGCAAGCGAAAAAGUGUGUCUGCUAAAGCUGAAAAUUUUCCAGUAUUACAAAGUAUUUUGCUUUUUGCCAACGUAAACGUUGAAUUUUGAUCGACAAUCAGCGAUGUCUGACCAGAACAACGAAGAACCAAACAAAAAUCCGGUCGAUUUAAAUGAAACAAAUGAAGACGGCGAAAUAUUAACAUUGUCCGAUCUGCUCAAUGAACAACGCGAAAUAGACGAGGAUGUCGUUGCUGUGUUGGGUGGAUCGGAUGAAAAUCAUUGCACGUACUCUCAAGGAUAUAUUAAAAGACAGGCGCUUUAUGCAUGUUUAACAUGCGUCCCAGAAUCAAAAGACAAGCCAGAAAAGCGAGCUGGCGUAUGCUUAGCAUGCAGUUACAAAUGUCACGAUGGUCACGACUUGGUCGAGCUGUACACAAAGCGAAAUUUUCGGUGCGAUUGUGGUACAUCCAAAAUAUUGGCGAUCCGCUGCAAAUUGGAAGCCAACAAAAUGGAGGACAACGACAAAAAUACAUACAAUCAAAACUUUUCGGGCGUUUAUUGUACGUGCCAUCGACCAUAUCCGGACGAAAAUGAUGAUGUCCAAGACGAAAUGAUUCAGUGUGUUUUUUGUGAAGACUGGUUCCAUUCAAGACAUUUGGAUGCAAAAGUACCAGAUGCCAAUGCAUUUGAUGAGAUGAUUUGUGAUUCCUGUACGUUAAAAAAUGAUUUUCUAAACUUCUAUAGCGGCUAUUGCAUCACACCGUCGGACGAUGCUGCGGCCGACACAACGAUCAAUACCAGUGAUGAUCUGAAUGUGACCGACAGUGAAGUGGCUAGCACGGCACCGGAAAAGGGAUUGGCCGAAACUUUGGAGAAGAAAGACGCAAACCUGAAUGCUGAAAUCGAUCAGUGCUACAAAGGUAUCAUCGAAAUCAAUAAAAAUAACGUUCAAUCCGAUAAUUCCACAAACAAACGGUCUUCGGCGGAUACAAACGAUGACAUUCCACCGGGUAAGAAGGCCAAGUUAGAUGAUGAGGCGACCGCCUCAUCGAGCAGCAGUGAUGUUUGUCGGAAGCCAACUUUUGCACUAUUCAAAUUCACUGGCGCUUCGUUUUGGCAAUUGGAAUGGCGAUCCAAACUGUGCAAAUGCUCAAAAUGUCUGGACAUGUACAAGCAAAACGACGUUGAAUUUUUGCUCGACGACGAGGACACCGUGCACGCAUAUCAAGAGAAAGGAAAGGCGAAAGCAGAAAACCGUACUACCUCCAUCCAUGACGAAACGAUGCGCGCACUCUCCGGUAUGGAUCGUGUUCAACAAAUCGAAGCGGUUAUGGCAUACAAUAAAUUGAAGAAGAAGUUGACCGAGUUCUUGACCUCGUUUGUAAGUAGUGAACAGGUGGUCACCGCUAAGGAUGUUGACACAUUCUUCCAAACCAUGGGCAAGAAAGAAUGAAGUGGAUGAAGUGUGAUUGAACGGUUAAUCGAUUUGGCGCACAUUGCGCGUAUAAUACAAUGCCAGCAACAAGUAUUUUUUUAAAUUCAGAUAAGAUAAUUGAUUUCGAAGGGAUUUUUCAAAAAUAAUAAAUAAAUGAUUGAUCUAAAACAACAAAUUAAGUCCUAAACAAAAUGUGGCAGAUAUAUAAGCAUUGUUUUUCUAUGUACUCAAAAAAAAUAUUAUGGAAAAAAACUGAAUUCCUUUUUGUUAAACAAAUAAUAAAUAUUCAAACAGCAUAAAUUUAAUCUCAUAACAAUAA